AUGACAUUUUCUGAUAGCUCAACCUAUUCUCACCAUAUCGCUGCUGGCUGCCUGCAUGUCUCGCGGGUAGACAGUGGACUAUCAGACGAACAGUGGUUUCAACUACCCAAGCAAUGGAGCCCUUUCUUUCGAUCCGACCAAGAGCUCAACCGCCCACUUGACGCAUCAGGUGUGCAUCAUAUCGAACUGACCGAGACCCUUGACAAGUGCUACCAUUUUCCUCUAGAGCUGCAAGAACUUCUGCUCAAGCUUGCUCUGGCCCCAUUUGCAAAGCUAUUUCGGCACCACUGGAUUGAACUCGAGUUCGCAAGAAGCCAGGAUGAUGCAGACAUCAACGGUCUUAUCAGGGUCUACCUUUUACCAGAUGAUAAGGACCGAUCCUUGAUCAACCGUUCCAACAAACCUCUAAGGAGGCAUUGGAACAAUCUUCUCUCGAAGCUAGACUUUUCUGCAUCCGCAUGGAAGGGGAAAUCGAACGCCGACCGCAGUUUUCAGCCUACAUUAAUGCAGCCGCCUGACGAGGAGGGAGCAGACCCCUCACUCUUGCAGCUGUUUAACACGAUACCAUCCCCAAAACCAAGUCCCGAGUAUCUUCUGGACUCUAAUGACCGUGACUAUUGCCGGAGUCUUCUCAACUGCGAUAUCCCGGGGUUAAAAACCCAGCUCUUUUUGUACCAGCGCGAGGCUGCCGCCGCAAUGUUUCAGAGAGAAGCUCAGCCUCUGCAGUGUACAGACCCUCGGCUUUGCCACGUUGUCGACCAAAAUGGAGACCCGUGGUUUUUUGACUAUAUUACUGGCGAAGUCUUGAAGGACGGACGAUCAUAUGAAGGGGUCUCAGGGGGUAUUUUAGCAGAAGAGAUGGGUUCUGGCAAGACACUUAUUUGUCUUGCACUAAUCGCGGCAACAAGGCAGCAACCAGCCUACAGGCCUGAGAUAUACACGGCACCUAUCAUCGUUCGACCGAAACUUGGAUCGCUUGCUGACAUGGCGGCCGCAGCUGGAUCUAUGGCUUCGGUUCCAUGGCGCAGCUACUUUUCCAGAGAGCAAUGUGGGGAUCAAGAGUACACCAACUGUCUCGACAAGAUUGAACAAAACCCCGGCUGGUAUCUUAUGCCUCGUCCUGCACCUAAGCGAGUUAGCCGUCAGCCAGCAGCCCCCGAACAGUCAGACAAGGUCUACUUAUCUUGCGCAAGUCUUGUCAUUGUGCCAACCAAUUUGCUUGAGCAAUGGAAAGAUGAAAUCGUAAAGCAUACACCUGAUUUGCGCACUUUAGUCUUGACAAAAACCCGACCACCUACACCUAUACCAAAUGCUCUUUCUCUGCUGCAGUACGACGUCAUACUAAUAUCCAUGUCUCGUUUUGAGCGGCUUAUCGAGAACCGAAUUAAAGACAAACACGGCUCUUGGGUUCUUUUGUCCCCUUUGGCCCAGAUCCACUUCAAACGAAUCAUCAUCGAUGAAGGGCACGCAUUAGGUCAUUCGACUUUGGCAAAGAAGAGCAAUCUUCUACUGGUGGUUGAGCACCUUCAAACCUCUGCUCGCUGGGUUGUCACCGGUACCCCUUCGAAAGGGCUUUAUGGUGUGGAUGGUUCAUGCGCAGAACAUAACGAGCUCUCAGACAACCAGGAGCGCAAAGAUACCGAACACAUCGGCUCUAUAGCGACGUAUUACCUGAACGCUCGGCCGUGGGCCAACAAAGUUAUGGAGGAUGGCGAUACCACCGCAGACUGGCGUGUCUACGCAAUGCAGACGAAAAACAACAACGAGGUUCAGAACCACAGAAGGCAGUCUGUUCUCAAAUCGACGUUUGACUCGCUAAUCAUCCGUCAUCCAAAGUCGGAGCUCAGCCGUCUUCUCCCGAAAGUGACAGAGAGAACUGUCUAUCUCAAUGGGUCCUACCAAGACGUCAUGUCACUGAACUUGUUCGCGGCUUAUAUCAUCCUCAACAGUGUGCAAUCACAACGUGUCGAUCAAGACUACUUUUUCCACCCCAAGCAACGGAAAUAUCUCGAUGAGCUUGUUUCCAACGAAAGGCAAGCGAGCUUCUUUGGCGGAAAUUUCUUCACUGCGUCGGAUAUUCACAAGGCACUGUUGACCGCUGAGGAGUUUCUACAGAAGGGAGACGUUGUCAUCAGCAAGGAAGAUGAUUGCCUAAUCCGCGAGGCGAUUGCUUUCGGCAAGAUAGCAGAGGCCAACAAAAUUCGGGAAGUGUCUAGCCGCUGUUUCGAGGUGCCCAUAUACAUUGAACAGUUCCCGGGCAGAGAGUAUCCCGGAGUUCUGAGCUCGUGGGCUGUCGACAGCAAAGAGGGCGAUAGAAUGUGCACAAUAUCACCACUGGUUGUGAUCCUGCAGCGCUAUGUCCGUCCGUGGCUCAGUUCGCCGGAAUCACUCGACAUUGUGUUCAACUCUGGAACAUUUGCAAGUUACGGUGCAAAAGCGAGGAACAAGGCGAUGGGAGGAGUGCCUGAAAUUAUACAAUCUGGGGAAGCGCCAUCAAGCAUUGCAUUUGCCGAAAAGGACGACGAAACGUACAAAGAUGUCAGCAAACAAAAGAAGGCCCGCUCGGGGACUCUGGAGUGGGCGGAUGUAAACGAUACGUUGGAAAAGGACGAAGAGAUUGCCGAAUCGCUUACAAAAUGCCGUCUCGUUUCGACAGCUUCAGCCAAGCUGUCCUACCUCAUCGAUCAGAUUACCAAGUAUAAAGAUGACGAGAAGAUCCUGGUUUUCUACGAAACAGAAAAUGUUGGAUGGUAUAUCGCUGGAUGUUUGGAGAUGCUGCAUAUACCCCACCUCAUCUACGCAAAGAAUCUCAAGGCUGAGCGACGGGCGCAAUAUGUCGCGACAUUCAACGAGACAUCCAAGUUCAGGGUGAUGCUAAUGGACCUCAAGCAAGCGGCUUUUGGCCUCAACAUGAACUCUGCGUCGCGCAUAUACUUUGUGAAUCCUGUGCUCAACCCACAAGUCGAGGCUCAGGCCAUCGGUCGAGCAAGGAGGAUCGGCCAAAACAAAGACGUCACAGUCGAGACUUUGGUUCUACGUGGCAGCUUGGAAGAGCUCAUCGUAGAGCGCAAGAAGAACAUGACGCAGGAGGAGCACAGGCGGAUCAAAUCCAUCAUGGAUGACAAGCCUUUCUAUGAAUGGUUCCAGAAUGCCCGAAUUUUACCAUUGCCGGACGUGGCGGCCGAUGAUGGCCCAGGGCAGAUGGCACCGUUGGCAGUAUCCGUUCCGCUGUUUGGAAGAGGAUCAGGUCAAAUUAUACAUCCGGACCAGGAUCUCCUAGCUAAAGGAGAAAGGGAAUCCAGCGACACCGGCGGAGUCGCCGGCUCAUUGGGGCGUAAACGUCCCUUGUCUGAGGCGACAGAUGAGGCAGCAGAGGACGGGGUCGACAGGAAACCAAAGAAACCUGCCAAAGGUGUUCGCUUUGCGUAA